CUUUUGCCUUUCAAAGUAGCUCAGAUCAGCAAGCGAAGUAGAAAUGGCACUAAACCUAUCAAGAAACCAUUAUUUCUGUUUUUUCCCGUUUCGCUUUGGCGCAAUGCACGGAGCUGAUUGAAGAUGGAAAUACAGCAAUAUAAAGUCAAUAGUUAUUUAGUAUCAUAGAAUGUUGGCAUCUUGUUUACAAUUGCUUUUCCAAUUUUUCAAUUAGGCCAAGAUUAUAUCUCUCUUUGAAGUUUGACUGGUUUUCAUUUACUCUGAGACUACUUACCAGGAUCUAAAGUUGCUCUUAAGGUAGGUUGAAAUGAGCUUGUGGACAUUGGGUAAAGUCUACUGUAAUUAGAUAUGAUUCUUUUGACUGAAAGAACGCUGUUUCGCCACUAGGGUUUGUUAUCUCUUUGUGUUCAAUAUUUUACAAUUAUUCUUUUAUAAAGCCUCACAAUCAUGGUCAGUUGAAACAAUUGAAUACUAUGGAAACUUAAAGUUUUUCGUGCGCUGCAAAUUGCAUUAGUCGUUAUGGCUACGUGGUAAAUUUAACCCUAACACGACAUAUUCUUCCUCCAUCUUUAUUAUUUAGGCACUUACAUGUAACAAUAGUAACGUCAUGUCAACGUUCUAAAUGUAUAUCGGACCAGAAAAAGAGCAACGAUUUCCUACACUGAAAAAGGAAUCUUUUUUCGUUGUUAAAUUACUUCUAAGUUAAUCGCGUUAUUUUACCCGUCUUGUGCUGUUCACAAAUGGAUUACAAGACAUCCCGACAAAUGCAGUUUGUAUUGAAUGGAAAAACAAACUUUUAGCAAAGAAACGUUCUCAUCAAUAACCGCCUAUUUACUUCUAGCUAUAUAUCUUUAUAGAGGUGUAUUUUGCUUUUAAAAUUAUAUUUUCGCUCAAGCUAUUAAACCCGUUGUUCUCCCAACAGAAAGAAAAAAAUUCAGAUCUAUUUUCAAAAAAACAUUCACCAGAAAGAGCUUCUUGUUUACAAGUGGGGCAGACGAGUACUGAACUACUUCUAGUGCCAAUACGAAAAGGAGAGAGCUUUGAGAUGCUGUCUUUAUCUGACUGCAUACCCUGGAUGACUGUAGGCUUAGCCGAGUCUGUUGCUAUAGUAACGCUAAACCUCUGUACGAUAAUUGUUUUUAUAAGAAACCGUAAUCUCCGCAAACGUAGCAUGUACCUGGUGAUAAAUUUGGCAGUUGUAGAUAUGUUAGUUGGAGGAUUUGUUGGGUAUACUAUGUUCUAUUCGUCUGGGGUAUACUGUAAUGUAUUCACGCGGCGUUCAAUUGAAAAUUGGGCGUUGAAUAUACUGCAAGCAUUCUCGGUUUUUUUCCCUCUUAGUUCGUUAACAAACAUGACAAUUAUUGCUUUAGAGCGGGUGCACGCGACGUACCGGCCCUUCAAACAUCGAUUGCUCAAAAAAUGGCUCUACGGGCUAAUAAUUGCCGUUGUUUGGAUCACAGCUGGGCUGGUAAUAGUUACUUACGUACUUCUUGCACAUUUUAGUAAAUUAGAUCAUCAUGUUUACUUAAGGACUACUUUUUUCCUUAUUUGUCUUUUGAUUAUUUUUGUUUCUUACACGUCCAUUGUUAUUAAAGUCCGUUGUGGAGCGCAGCCUCAACACCAUGGUGCAACCAGUAGAGAAACAAAACUGACCACGACAUUGUUGAUUGUGACUGUUGUAUCUCUCUUAUUAAGCUUGCCAUAUGUUAUAUUUGGUCUUGUCAUUUUAAGCGGGUAUGAUUUAUGGCUUUCAUCGCCCGAUUCAGUGCUCUUUCAUUUAGCUGAAGCGUCGUUGGUGUUAUUUUAUGCUAACUCUCUUGUAAAUCCUAUAUUAUACACUAUCCGCAUGCCAGAGUACAGAUCAGCUUUACUUGCUCUCUUUCGCAAACUGAGACCUCAGCAACAAAGACAAGUUGGAGUUGCUCUACGUGACAUGUAAUAGAGAUAAUAUGUAGCGUCAUUCAAGUUGCCUGCCUGGUUACGCCAUUUUAAAAUACUAGAUUAAGUGGAGUUGUAAAUGGAUUAACGCGAUGUUAUUAAACGUUGUAAUGUUUUUAAGCUUUCCAUCCAGCUCCGUCAGCUCUUGUUCAAUAAAACCCUCGUCAAAUUGACAAGGUUAGCAAUUGAGAAGCACUAUCGCGUUGUGGGUUUUGUGGCCGGGGGUUUCCAUUUCAGAAAUAGAACACUUCAGCUCCAAAAGUCGCUUCAUCCUCUAAGGUAGGAAGCCGGAAAAUUAUUCCAAAAUGAAAAAAAAGAAAAACCGCUGAUACAAAAUCAGCAAAAUGGAUUUCGAACAGAAAAACUGAAAUAUUUUCAGAAAGACUUUUCCGAAAUUUUCCCGACAUGUUCAGGCGAAAUUUUAAUCUGCUUCUAUUCGGUCAAAAUCAAGGGAGCAAAAACACUCACAGAAUCUAUUGGCCGACUCCAGGGCUCUUUUCCGUCUCUCCUACCUUCGAAGGGAAAAGCGAACU